AUUUCUUCUAUUUAAAACAAAGUCAUUUUUCCUAUGCAAUUAAAAAGUUGCUUUUCAAUUCCAUAACUAGUUCUACCAACUUAAAGCGUUCACACACAGCACACUCCUCACAAAGCGGCGCAUUUUAGCUCAUACCGUCUUCCCUAACACACAGGAUUCUGAAAAUGGCGGCUUCAGCCUCGUGGACUGGCCUCAAACCCUCGCCCCCUUCCGCCGCGGCUUCCCGGCUUCUACCAACCCCACACUCAGCCACCUUCGGCCCCACCACCACCCCCUCAUUCCGCCGUCGAGAUGGCCAGCCCCGCCGCUUCGUCGUCCUCGCGAUGGACGCGAAGCCGACGAUUCUGGUGGCGGAGAAGCUCGGAGACGCCGGGUUGAAGCUCCUGAAGGAGUUCGCAAACGUGGACUGCUCGUACAGCCUCAGUCCCGAGGAGCUCCGCACCAAGAUCUCGCUCUGCGACGCGCUGAUUGUGAGGAGUGGGACAAAGGUCAGCCGUGAGGUGUUCGAGUCCUCCGCCGGGAGGUUGAGGGUCGUCGGAAGGGCCGGCGUCGGGAUCGACAACGUCGAUCUGGCGGCGGCGACGGAGCACGGCUGUCUGGUGGUGAAUGCGCCGACUGCCAACACCGUGGCGGCGGCGGAGCAUGGGAUCGCGCUUCUUACUGCCAUGGCGAGGAACAUUGCUCAGGCCGAUGCCUCUGUCAAGGCUGGGAAAUGGCUGAGGAGCAAAUAUGUAGGUGUAUCUCUCGUUGGCAAGACACUGGCUGUCAUGGGUUUUGGCAAGGUUGGAUCGGAGGUUGCUAGGCGUGCCAAGGGACUCGGUAUGCAUGUCAUUGCUCACGAUCCCUAUGCCCCAGCCGACCGUGCUCGUGCAAUAGGGGUAGAGCUUGUCAGCUUUGACCAGGCUAUUGCAACUGCCGAUUUCAUCUCUCUUCACAUGCCUCUCACUGCUGCUACAUCGAAAGUUCUAAAUGACGAGACUUUUGCGAAGAUGAAAAAGGGGGUCAGAAUCGUGAACGUUGCGCGUGGGGGUGUGAUUGACGAGGAGGCUUUAGUGAGGGCGAUUGAUGCUGGCAUUGUUGCUCAGGCGGCCCUUGAUGUUUUCACCGAAGAGCCACCACCUAAAGACAGCAAGCUGGUACACCAUGAGAAUGUAAUUGCAACCCCACAUCUAGGUGCCAGCACUACAGAAGCUCAGGAAGGAGUCGCCAUUGAAAUAGCUGAAGCUGUUGUUGGAGCAUUGAAAGGGGAGCUGUCAGCUACUGCUGUAAAUGCACCCAUGGUUCCUGCUCAGGUUCUGACCGAGCUCAAGCCCUACGUCGCCCUUGCGGAGAAGCUCGGCCGCCUAGCCGUCCAGCUCGUUGCCGGAGGCAGCGGCGUGAAGACCGUCAAAGUCACCUACGCCUCCGGCCGAGCCCCCGACGACCUCGACACCCGUCUCCUCCGCGCCAUGAUAACAAAGGGCCUAAUCGAGCCCAUCUCGAGCUCCUUCGUCAACCUUGUCAAUGCCGAUUUCACCGCCAAACAAAGGGGCCUCCGCAUAACCGAAGAACGUGUCGUUCUCGACGCGUCCCCCGAGAGCCCGGUCGAGCUCAUCCAGCUCCGGAUUGCUGACGUGGAGUCCAAGUUCCCGAGCGCGAUAUCUGAGUCGGGUGAGAUCAAAGUGGAGGGAAGGGUUAAAGAUGGAAUUCCGCACCUGACGAGGGUGGGGUCGUUUGAAGUGGACGUGAGCUUGGAAGGGAGUAUUAUAUUGUGCAACCAGGUGGAUCAGCCGGGGAUGAUUGGGAACGUGGGUCGAAUCUUGGGGGAGGAAAAUGUGAAUGUGAGUUUUAUGAGUGUGGGGAGGAUUGCGCCGAGGAAGCAGGCGGUGAUGGCGAUUGGGGUGGACGAGGAGCCGAGCAAGGAGUCGCUGACGAGGAUUGGCGAGAUACCGGCUAUCGAGGAGUUUGUUUAUCUCAAGCUCUAGUGUGUGUGUGGCUUAGCUCUGCUGCAGUAUUGUAUUUAAGAGUUUUUUUUUAGCUUGUGGAGAAGAGAAUAAAGAAUGAUUUGGCCUGGUGGUCCGGGUUUUCGAGGGUAAGUGAUUCGUACGCGGUACGUUGGUGUGUUAUUGCUAAAUUUUGGGAUCUGAGUUACGCGGCUAGUCGUCUUUAGUGGACUGGAAAUGUUGCUGUUUUAUGUUUUAUGUUUUAUCAAGCAUUGUGCUGCAUUAUUUACUACUUUUUUUUUUUUUNUUGUGUGUGCGUUGAAUAAAUGUCAGUUCUUUUUUUGGUCGUAAUACCUGUUGAAGAUCAUGGAGCAGAUCUCUUGUUUGCAUGCAUUUUCCUGUUCUUCUUUGCAUGAUUUGUUGCUGCGUUUUCUUUUGUUAUGUUUAAGUUCAUACAGUGUCGUUCUGCCUAAGACGACACCGUUUUGUUUUCUUUUCAUUUUAGUUGGAUUAAAUAGCGUACGAAGUCGUUUUAGUAUGUGUACACGACGUCGUUUAGGUCGUCUUCUUGCAUGCUUGAAAGAGCUAUAAAUGCUCGACCAUGUACGUACUUUUUUUUGGUUUUUCUGAAAGUGAGCUAAGAAAAU